GCGCGCCAGCAGGCGAGGAGACUGUAGGUUAGCGGGUUGCGGCGGCCCCCGGAACCUUCUGAUUUCACUUGGCGUCGGGGUCGCCAAGCUGUGUCUGCUUGUCCUACCGAGAGCUCCCAGGACAGGGCAGGGAUCGGAGGGUUGGUGGUUCUUUUUCCAAGCGUGUGUGUGGGUCUCCUAAGGGAGGGAGGAGAAUGGACGCACUGUUGACUGAAACGUCAAUUGGAGCGUUUCUCAUGCGAAGAGUGGACUAGCAAUUCCGUAUUCUUCCUUGGUGUACUCCGUCAGGUUGACUUCAUUUUUGAAUGCUCAGUUUUGAAAUUGGCUAGGGUGUUUGGCAGAAUCAGACAGGAUUUAGGGGUUUGAUACACUAAGUGCAUUUGGCGGGGGGGCACGCGCAGCCGUCGAGGAUGGAAGUUUUGAAGACUUGUGUGCUUAGAAGAAACGCUCGCGCUGUGGCUGGCUUCUGGAGAAGCAGGGUUGUACAGACGCCUUCAGUGAGGGGCAUUAGUACCUCCUCUCCAAGGAGCACUUUCAUGCCCGCCUGGGUGAUAGAUAAAUACGGCAAGAAUGAAGUGCUUCGCUUCACCGAGAACAUGAUGCUACCCAUCAUACACUACCCAAAUGAAGUCAUUAUCAAAGUGCACGCUGCCAGUGUCAAUCCUAUCGAUGUUAAUAUGAGAAGUGGCUAUGGAGCAACAGCUUUGAAUAUGAAGCGUGACCCUUUACACAUGAAAACCAGAGGAGAAGAGUUUCCUCUGACGCUGGGUCGGGAUGUCUCUGGUGUAGUGAUGGAGUGUGGACUGGAUGUGAAGUAUUUCAAGCCUGGAGAUGAGGUCUCUCACAAGCCCAAAUCACUCACUCAUGCUCAAGCUGCCUCUCUGCCAUAUGUGGCUCUCACGGCCUGGUCUGCCAUAAACAAGGUUGGUGGCCUGAAUGACAAGAAUUGCACAGGAAAACGUGUUUUAAUCUUCGGUGCUUCAGGUGGAGUUGGUACUUUUGCAAUACAGAUAAUGAAAGCAUGGGGUGCUCAUGUGACAGCAGUUUGCUCUCAAGAUGCCGGUGAACUUGUGAAGAGGCUUGGGGCAGAUGAUGUAAUUGAUUACAAGUCUGGAAGUGUGGAGGAGCAACUGAAAUCCUUAAAACCGUUUGAUUUUAUCCUUGAUAAUGUUGGUGGGUCCACUGAAACAUGGGCUUUAAAUUUUCUCAAGAAAUGGUCAGGAGCCACCUUUGUGACUUUGGUGACUCCUUUCCUCCUGAACAUGGACCGACUGGGCAUAGCAGAUGGCAUGCUGCAGACAGGAGUCACCGUGGGUACCAAGGCAUUAAAGCAUUUCUGGCAAGGAGUCCAUUAUCGUUGGGCCUUUUUCAUGGCCAGUGGUCCAUAUUUAGAUGACAUUGCAGAAUUGGUGGAUGCUGGAAAGAUUCGGCCAGUUAUUGAGCAAACCUUUCCUUUUACUAAAGUUCCAGAAGCCUUCCUGAAGGUGGAAAGAGGACAUGCGCGAGGAAAGACUGUAGUUAAUGUCAUUUAAAUAAAUUCUGUAUGCAGUUUAGUGAUGAUUGGCUUUCUUUUUAGUGAGUGCCUAUGGUCCAAACAUUUUUCUAGCUAUCUCCCUCGGAUAUUUUUCCAAAUUAGAUUAUAAAUUCUAUGAUUUGUUUAAAAAACACACUGUUUUUUGCCAAUAAUUGAUACGGUGUCAGCAUUGGACUUGUCUUAGUGAGAAUUGCAUGUUGUUUUCAUUAAGCUGCUCUUUCACUGAGCUUUGCAGAUUGCUGUGGCACCUCUUCUUGCAGCUCAAGCCCUAUUUUAUUAUAUUAAUGUCUGUGAGAUGCUAGUGCUGUCAGUGUGCAGAUGGAUCCUAACACAAAGAACUUAUUAAGAGCUAGCUCCUUGAAUGCAUCAGUGAGCAUUUUUCUAACUGGCUACUAUGGUUUGGAUCUAAAAUGUCUCUCAAAGACCCAUGUGUGUUAGGCUUUUUCUCCUAUCUGUGGUGGUACUGGGGAGGUGGUGGAACCUCUAAGAACUGAGGCAUAGUUGGAGGAAGUUAUAUCUCCUUGGAGGAGAUAGUGGAAGCCUGACCCCCUCCUCCCUCUCUUUGUACCUUGGCCACCAUGCAGUGAGCAUCUUGCUCCACCACUUACCCCACCACAAUGUGCUGCCUCAUCAAAGGCCCAGAAGCAACAGAACAA